AGCCAACUGGCGGAACAGCAGGCUUCGAGUCGUCUGGCAAGACUGCGGGCACCGAGUCAACUGGCGGAACAGCGGGCACUGAGUCGUCUGGCAAGACUGCGGGCACCGAGUCGUCUGGCAAGACUGCGGGCACCGAGUCGUCUGGCAAGACUGCGGGCACCGAGUCGUCUGGCAAGACUGCGGGCCCCCACCCGAGUCGUCUGGCAAGACUGCGGGCGCCGAGUCAUUUGGCUUGCCAGCGGGCACCGCGUCAUCUGGCAAGGCAGUGGGCACCGGGUCACCAGGUAUGACAGCGGCUCUGAG